ACUGCAUGUCGUCAUCGUCCCACACAAACAAACUAGUAGCAACAGCAACAGUUGAAUCAAUAGCCUGUGCCCCGAAGUAAAUCAUGCGAAGAAAAAAACGUUUUUAAUCUGCUUUUGGGACUUUUCGCGGCUCUCAUAUGAUAUACAAAAGGAGGGAAAUUGCCAUUAGCGCCGUGAUUGUAAGAUGAAUUUCUCUGAGGUUUUCAAGCAGUCCAACCAACUGUGUAAAGUUUCCCCAGAUGGGAAAUAUUUGGCUACCUGUGUGCAGUACAGGCUGGUGGUGCGAGAUGUGGAGACCCUGCAGAUCCUGCAGCUCUACACCUGCCUGGACCAGAUUUCACACAUGGACUGGUCUUCUGACUCUCUCUUUAUCCUCUGUGCUAUGUACAAGAGGGGACUGGUACAGGUGUGGUCGCUGGAACAGCCAGACUGGCACUGUAAGAUUGAUGAAGGCUCAAUAGGACUAGUCUCCUCGCGCUGGAGUCCAGAUGGACGUCACAUUCUCAACACCACUGAGUUCCAUCUGAGAGUCACCGUCUGGUCCCUCUGCACCAAAGCUGUGUCUUACAUCAAGUAUCCCAAAGCAUGCCAGAAGGGUAUUGAUUUCAGCAGAGAUGGCUGCUACAUGGCCUUGGCUGAACGCCGUGACUGCAAAGACUUCGUCAGCGUAUUCGUGUGUGACGACUGGCAUUUACUCAGGCAUUUUGAGACUGAGACUCAGGACCUGGCAGGGUUGGAGUGGUCUCCCAAUGGCUGUGUGCUGGCAGUGUGGGAUAGCUGUCUGGAGUACAAGGUGUUGCUGUAUUCUCUGGACGGCCGGUUGCUGUCAACCUACAGUGCCUAUGAGUGGUCUCUGGGGGUCAAGUCAGUGACCUGGAGCCCCAGCAGCCAGUUCCUGGCCAUCGGCAGCUAUGAUGAGAAGGUGCGCAUCCUCAAUCAUAUCACGUGGAAGAAAAUCACACAGUUUGAGCAUCCAGCAACCAUCAACAACACAAAGGCAGUUGUAUAUAAGGAAGUGGUGAAAAGGCCCGCUGUUUGUAGUGAUGACCUAUCGCUACACAACAUCACAAUUGGCAACACCCUCUUCAACACACAGAGCAAAUAUGAGAUCUGCCCAACGCCAGUCCAGCUUCCUGUAGUUAAACCAGACCCAGACCGAGCCAACCCUAAGAUUGGCAUCUCCACUUUGGCAUUCAGCUCCGACAGUCGCUAUCUAGCCACCAAAAACGACAACAUGGCCAGUGUUGUCUGGGUGUGGGAUGUGCAGAAGAUGAGCCUGGUGGCGGUGCUCGAGCAGACAACGGCCGUGCGCUGCUUUCAGUGGGACCCCCGACGCCCCCGGCUGGCCCUCUGUACGGGCAACACCAAACUCUACCUCUGGUCCCCAGCAGGCUGCGUUUCUGUCCAAGUCCCCACUGAAGGUGGUUUCCAGGUCCAGUCAUUGAACUGGCACUGCAGCGGAGACUCUCUGAUCCUGCUAGGGAAGGAGCAGCUGUGUUUGUGCUACAUGGACAAUGACCAGGAGGACAAGUAAAACUCACAAAUACACAGGUUUCAAGAAUAACUGGAUUUCAGUUCCGUAGCCUUUGCUGGGAAUGUGCUACGGUGAUGACAAAAAGACUUGAGGGUAACACUCCCCCUCCUUCUUGCACAUAUCGUGCUAUAGAUUCUUGCCAAGUUUUAAGGGCCCUCACUGCAGGUUACUGGAAUACUCCUUUUCUUGUCAAGUUAAACAUGUAUGGAAAACCUGCUCUGACAUUCCUCCUGAGAGACAUAGAAUCAACAAAUAUCACUUUUUGAAUGACCAAAUGCAUACAGAAGCACUAGUUCCAAACACUGUGAGAAGAUAGUGGUUUACAUAGUUUUAUAGAUUUCACUGUACAUUUAGUUGUAAGUAUUUUGUAUUAGUUCUACUUUGAAAUUGUUUAAUUAUUUUGAAUAAAUGUUGUCAUAAAUAAUGCA